GCCAAACUCAAGGCCGAACAAUAAAACUCGGUAGUCAUAUAACUUCAAUCACUGGUGGAUAUAGUUGUCAAUUUUCCACUUAUGCAGCAAUAUUAGAAGUUAUUAUCGCUGAUUGGAUGAUAAAACCUGGGAGAUUGCUGCUUACUUGGAUUAAAUAAAUAUUUCUCAAACACUGUGGAAAAGUCUGACGGAUGGUUAACAAGGCCAUUCAUUAAUUAAAAUGGAUUUAACUGUUCUUUCACUUGCUGGUUUCUGCCUAAUAUCGGCGUUGACCUACUUAGAGGUAUCAGCUACCACUAAAUCAAGUGGUCGCCUUGUUCUUGAAGCUGCUCAACGCCAUUUACGAAGACAACAGAAUCGGAUGUUCGACACCCCGGUAGAUGGUUCUGAAAUCAUAGAAUUUGACAUCAUACUCACUUCCGAGCAAGCUGAAUUGAGGAGGUCAUUGAAGGGGGGUCGCCUGAAGCGAAAGGCUAUAAGAGAUGAACGAUAUCGUUGGGACGAUGGAGUUAUACCUUACGUUAUGCACAGAUCCCUUGGAUAUGUUUCAAUAACAGCCGAAGAUACCAUCAGAAAGGCAAUGGGACAUUGGCAGGAUCACACUUGUCUUAAAUUUGAAGAGUAUGACUCUGCGGUUCAUGGCGAUGAUCAUCUCAUCUUUAAGGAAGGAAGCUGGUGUGCAUCAAAUUUGGGCAAGAUAGGAGGAUCGCAAGAAAUUAUCAUACACUCUGACUGCUUGACGUUCGGAACAAUGGUGCACGAAAUAGGUCACGCAGUAGGGUUCAUACAUGAACAUUCAAGACCAGACAGAGAUGACCACGUGACAAUACAAUGGAACCGAAUAACAGACGACUUCAAGACUCAGUAUGACAAGGAACCAAGGACAUUCAUCAAUACGUACGGUGUCCCAUAUGACUACAGUUCAAUCAUGCACUAUCCUGAUAACGGUGGUACUUUACGUACAGUUGAUCGUAUCGCCCAAAAUACCAUCGGCCAGAGAGAUGCAUUGAGUUUCUAUGACGCAAAGCUAGCCAACUUGAUGUAUAAAUGUAAAGAGCGAUGUCCAGCCUCGGUGCGAUGCAUAGAGCCUGGCUUUGUUGGUGCCCAGUGUACGUGUGUAUGUAGUAGAGGAGAUGACUCGUGUGCUAUUCCAGAACGACCUCGUCCCACACCUUCCCCUACAAGUCCACCUACCAGGGCACCUAGACCUGUAGAGACUCUACCACCAACCAUAGCACCAACCCAACGGCCAGCCCCUGGUGGCACUGAAGAAUGCAACUGGCUCUAUGCGGCUGGUAAAGCACGGUAUCUCACCCACGACAAAACUAUCAAGAACCUGAACAUUGCUGAAUGCAAACUAGCUUGCUUGGAAGAGAAAAGUUUCAAUUGUAAGGCGUUUCACUAUAAAGCUGGCUUCAGGAUCUGGAUUAUAAGUAGCCCAAGUUAUUGCCAUCUCAGCAAGGAGGUGGACAAGAUUGGACGUUUCCAAUCCGAAGUAGGAGGCUUGACCUACUUCCAGAGGCCAAGCUGCCUCAUGGGUUCUAUGUGCGGCUACCAGACAGUUAGUGGUAAAUACCUAAGAGGCUUCAACAACAAAGGUCCAAUCAAGGGCGUCUCCGUUGCUGAAUGCAAACUGGCCUGCUAUCAAGAGACAAGCUUUAACUGUAAAUCCAUAGACUACAAUUCUAACGAGAGAAAAUGCUUCCUCAGUUCGAAAAUAGAGGCAUCCAACAGAUUGCAAUCAAAUGUCGAUUUGACAUAUUUCUACAGGAAGGCCUGCGUUAUGUACAAUGAUCAGAGAGCUGAAGUGUCUUGCCCAAAUGGCUGGAGAGUAUUUGAAGGCAGAUGCUACUUGGUGGUGACAGAUAGAUACAACUUCACCAACGCUGUAGGCAACUGUAGGAAAAAGGGUGGAUAUCUGAUGAUGACUCGAACGUACUCAGAGGAGGUCCAAAGAAUGUUCUUGAGCGGCAUGAUAGGGAACAGAGCAUAUUGGGCAGAAAGUGAGAUUCCCAUUCAUCAAAGUGGUAGAUCAACGAGACUUAAAAGAUGUUCGUACAUGACUCCCUCUUUAGACUCAGUUAGCUGGCAAUACAAACUAUGCACCUACAGGGGCGCAUACAUCUGCGAACGAGGACCACUCCCAUCAUAACAUCACGAAUGUCUUCAUAAUCAUGAGAACAUUAUGCUCUACUUUAUAUAUUUACUCAAUAUAGAAGUAUAAUAGGAAUUCUAUUCUAGAAUAAUUAGACGUUUUUACUCCUUAUUGGAGAGGUAAGCUGUUUUGAGAGAACUUGUACGUGAACGUGUAAUGCCCCCAGGAAUUAUCGU